CUUGGCUUGUUGUGCUUGUUAUUUCGGUUGUACUAGGGGACAAGGGGGGGACAAUGUUUGUGGGAUGUUGGGUGAUGAAAUAUGGUUGUUUGGCUUGGUGUGUUUCGGCCCUAGCUUAGGGAAAUGAAAGGGAAAAAUGACUUAUUGUGUGAUAUGGUUUUUUUUUUGGCACAAAAUGUGUUACAUUGAUGGAGUGACUCAAGUAGGGAGUGGGGUAGUUUCGGCCAGGGUUGUGGGGCAGGGUAUACGGCUCUUUUCAGGGUGGAGAUAGGCUCAAGGUUGUCAUGGUUAAGUAAAAUGGUUUAGGGUUGGAGAAUUCAUUCCAGAAAGGAUCGUAACACUUAGACAUGAUUCCACUGAUUUGUUUAAGGAUUUGAGGGGUGACCCUCUGAAGGUGAAAGUCAACAAACUGGCUUCUACUAGAACUCAACUUCCUUAUUCAUAUUAUCCCCUUCCUUACUGUAAGCCAGAUCGCAUUGUGGACAGUGCAGAAAAUCUUGGUGAGGUUCUUGGGGUGACCAUAUUGAAAACUCUGUUUAUGAGGUACACUACUUUUUUAAUGAUGAUUGAAAUCCGUGAUGUCCCUAAAUUGUUAAAAUUUGUUCUAACAAUUGCGUUUUUCUUGUAGGUGUUUAUACAGUGUUAGCUAAAAAAAUCAUUAAUUUGAUAUUAUAAGCUCAAUAAAAUUGGCAUUCGUUGGAAAGAUAUUUAAAAUAUGAAUUCAGCGCUAUAUCAGGGCUUUCAUGGAAGAGUCACUGCUUCACUGAGAAUACUAAAUGGCUGUGAAGAAGCUGUCAUAGCCUAUUGAUCUCUUAGUGGAUAAGGGAAUGCAACUCAAUAAAAAGAUCAGGAACACCUGUAACAUCCUCCCCCGAUAUACUUCAGUUCAAUAGGAUGAUCAGAUAGGUGUUCGGUACGCGCUCACUUCUUUUUUGUCUAGAGUUGCUUUCAUGGCUCUAACCUCAUUUCAUCCUCUCAAGUAAGAUUGUUGAUAUUCCAACGGAUGGUGAUAUUCAAGUGUUCGGUACGCACUCACUUCUUUUUUGUCUAGAGUUGCUUUCAUGGCUCUAACCUCAUUUCAUCCUCUCAAGUAAAAGAUUGCUGAUAUUCCAACGGAUGGUGAUAUUCAAGGUUCUCUAUGUUUGGCAUUCCUUUUAUACUCUUUCUAACAGGGUGACCCUCUGAAGGCGAAAGUCAACAAACUGGCUUCUACUAGAACUCAACUUCCUUAUUCAUAUUAUUCCCUUCCUUACUGUAAGCCAGAUCGCAUUGUGGACAGUGCAGAAAAUCUUGGCGAGGUUCUUCGGGGUGACCAUAUUGAAAACUCUGUUUAUGAGAAAAAGAAUUUAAGAAGAAGAUAGAUGAUGAAUAUCAGGUGAACAUGUACGGGGAAGAUUCUGAGCUCUUUAAGGACCGUGAACGCUCUUUAAGGACCGUGAACGUUCUUUAAGGACCGUGAACGCUCAGUAGAAGAUUCUGAGCUUUUUGCUUCAAAAAAGAACAAAGAGGGGUUUUAAGCCACCUACACCGUAUGAAUUGAGCCACUGGAUCUUGGAUGAAGAGGUGACUCAUUACAUAUAUAAUCACGGAUGGUCAUUGGCAUUGAUGCGAGAGUUUACCAAACGAGAUCUUGUUCGUCCUGCGGCAACAAGGUUUGGUACGGCCUAUCUUACACUUGAAAGUAUGCUAGGCGUAAAAGAGCGGUUGGAGGAAAUGUGUGUUUCAAAGGAAUGGAAUGCACACCAUUUAUCCAAAACACAAGAGGCAAAAGCUGUGAAACAAAUAAUUCUGCGUGAUAAAUAUUUCUGGCCGAGCGUGCAGUAUUCAGUCCAAACAACAAAGCCAUUAUUUAAAGUGUUGAGAAUGGCAGAUUCAGAGAUGGUACCCGGUAUGGGGUUUCUAUAUGGUUGUAUGGAUCGAGCAAAGGAAGAAAUUUCUGAGAAUUUAGGACGGGACUUUGGCUCUUAUAAUGAGAUUUGGAAAAUAAUUGAUAAGAUGUGGGAAUUACAAUUGCAUCGGGAUUUGCACGCUGCAGCAUAUUACCUUAAUCCUCGCUUUCAGUAUGAUCCGAAAAUGUCUACAAAUCCAGAGGUGAAGGCAGGAUUAUUUAGAUGUAUGGCUAAGCUUUUUCCAAAUCCAAAGAUCCAGGAAAAACUCCAUUUGCAAAUGGAUGACUUUCGACUAAAGCGGGGAUUCUUUGGACAUGACGUUGCACAAAACACUGUGCAUAAACGGAGUCCUGUUGAUUGGUGGACCCAAUAUGGAGAUGAGACUCCUGAACUAAUGGCAUGUGCGAUCAGAAUCUUAAGUCUUACAUGUUCGUCAUCUGCGUGUGAAAGAAAUUGGAGCACAUUUAAUCAGAUCCAUACGAAGAAGAGAAAUCGCUUGCAUACCAAGAAUUUGAAUAAAAUGGUUUACGUGAUGUACAACAAAAGAUUGAAAAGUAAAUGGAUGAAGAAAGCAUCAUUGAAAGUUGAGGAAGAUCCGUUGGUGAUGGAUGAAAUUCCUUCAGAUGAUGAGUGGUUCAUACUCAAGGUGAUACUGCUAGUGAAACAAUCACCAACCCAAGUGGCCAAGGAAGAAAUAAAGGACAUCCUUCAAAAAGGCGUCGCCUUGGGAAAAGAAAAGCACUACAGCUUAUUGAUGAAGUUGAAGAAGAUGAAGAAGAUGAUAUUAUUCUUCGAGAUCCUAUUAGAGAUGAUUUUUCCAUCGAUUCUGAGGAAGAGAAUGAAGGAAAUGCAACAUCUUUUUAUCCUAAUUUCAAGCCGUUAGACACUGAUAAACUUUUUUUCAAUUCUUCAAUUUAAGCUCAUCACUUCGAGCAAAAUUAUGUCUGAUUCCAUGUUAGACUUUGUUAUGUUUGCGAUGUAUUGCUUUGACAAUAUACUCUUUUCAUGUUU